CCCAAAACCCUAAUCUCCCCCCACAGCCCUCAUUUCAUCCGCCUCUGAGAGAGAGAGAGAGAGAGAGAGCAGAUCAGAGAGAAAACAAUGGUGUCUGGUUCAGGAAUCUGUGCUAAGAGAGUGGUGGUGGACGCCAGGAACCACAUGCUCGGGCGUCUUGCCUCUAUUUUGGCCAAGGAGCUUUUGAACGGCCAGAGAGUCGUCGUCGUCCGCUGCGAGGAAAUCUGCCUCUCCGGCGGCCUCGUUCGCCAGAAAAUGAAGUACCUGCGAUUCCUCCGCAAGCGUAUGAACACCAAGCCUUCUCAUGGCCCCAUCCACUUCCGUGCUCCUUCGAAGAUUCUCUGGAGGACUAUCCGUGGAAUGAUUCCUCACAAGACUAAGAGAGGAGAAGCUGCUCUUGCUCGCCUUAAGGUGUACGAGGGUGUGCCUCCGCCAUAUGAUAAGAUCAAGAGGAUGGUGAUUCCAGAUGCUCUCAAGGUCUUGAGGCUCCAAGCUGGACACAAGUAUUGCCUAUUGGGAAGACUCUCAUCUGAAGUUGGAUGGAACCAUUAUGAUACUAUCAGGGAGUUGGAGAAGAAGAGGAAGGACAGAGCUCAGGUUACUUAUGAGAGGAAGAAGCAGUUGACUAAAUUGAGGGUUAAAGCUGAGAAGAUCGCCCAAGAGAAGCUUGGUUCCCAACUCGAUGUCAUUGCUCCGAUCAAAUAUUGAAGUUCGUGUUGCAGCUCUUCUCCUCGACAAUUUUGAUGUUUACUUAUUUGCUUCUUGGAUUUGAUUCGACUAGCAGUUCCUUUCCUCUGAGCAUCUUUUUUUUGUCAUGUCAAAUUAAAUUGGAAUUUUCUUUAUCAGACUUUCAUUCAGCAACCACUUUCUUUAUCA